AUGGCGAAAUUUCCUGUGGACGGAGAAGAAGAUGGCGAUGUACGUGUACCCAGCAACUCCUGGCUUUGCAAAAGGCGCCGCCUUAAACGCCGCCUUAAACGACCAGAAGGAGAAGAAGAUGGCGUUGUACGUGUACCCAGCAGCUCCUGGCUAGGCAAAAGGCGCCGCCUUAAACGCCGCCUUAAGCGAUCGGAAGGAGAAGAAGACGGCGUUGUACGUGUACCCAAUAGUCCUUGGCUUGGCAAGAGGCGCCGCCUUAAACGCCACUUUAAACGACCCCAUAGAGAAGAAGACGGCGCUGUAUGUGUACCCAGCAGCUCGUGGCUUGGCAAGAGGCGCCACCUUAAACGACCGGAAGGAGAAGAAGACGGCGCUGUACGUGUACCCAGCAGCUCCUGGCUUGGCAAGAGGUGCCGCCUUAAACGCCGCCUUAAACGACCGGAAGGAGAAGAAGACGGCGUUGAACUUGUACCCAGCAGCUCCUGGCUUGGCAAGAGGCGCCGCCUUAAACGCCGCUUUAUUUCUUCUGGCCGAAGCCGAAGCCGACCCGCUGAAGAAGAAGAGGGUAGCAAAGAAGGAGAGGAAGACCAACGUUCAGACGGCGAUCGGAGAGACAAAUUGAACCCGAGCGAAGAAGAACUAGAAGAACAGGAUGAAGGCGAGCACUCGAAGGUUGGGUCAUUGGAGUUCACUCUCGAGGACCCAGAUGUGUUGGACUGCGCCAUCUGUCUCGAGCCCUUGACGAGCCCCGUUUUUCAGUGCGAAAAUGGUCACAUAGCUUGCUCCUCCUGCUGCAAAAUGAUAAGCAACGGAUGCCCGUCCUGCUCUAUGCCUGUUGGCCACAGAUGCUGCGCAGUCGAGAAGAUCCUGGAGUCUGUCAGGAUGGCAUGUCAAAAUGCAAAGUUUGGCUGCAAUCAGAAGUUUGGUUACCACAUGAAAAAUGACCACGAGAAGACAUGCCCGUUCGCUCCGUGUUCGUGUCCCUUUUCGAGUUGCAGCUAUGUUGGCUUGUUUGGGCAGUUAGUGAAGCACUUGAGUUCCAAGCACGAGGCUUCUCCGACAUCCUUUCGUUUCAACUCCAACGCCUCUCUCUCGAUAAAGGUCGAGACGGAGGUCUGUCUGCUUAAAGAAGAGGGAGAAGAUGUUCUCUUUGUCUUCAAAAACGAAACUAUAGACCUGGGCAGCAAGAUUAAGAUCAGUUGCAUUGGCCCCUUGGCAAAGGCAGAUUAUGCCUACGACAUAGAAGCGAUUUACCGGGAAAGCUCUCUCAAGCUUCACACCUGCACCAAGAGCGUUCCAGACUUUGAAUAUGAUCCGAAUCAGGAGCCUUGCCUUUUGGUGCCAAGAAGGUUCUUCGAUGAUUCCUUGGGCCUCAAGCUUGAAGUGCGUAUUUGGCGUAAUGAAGCAAGAGAUUAAUGUCGUAGAUAUUUUCUUUUUAGUUCUUUCAAUUUUUUUUUUUGCAAAAAACAUCGUUGAUUCGUCAGUAGG